CUUUACAUUUCAUUGCAGACAAGCGCAUACUGAGCAGAGAAGAAAACACCGGGGGUUUGUGACAUAAAAAGAGAGGGAAAACACGAAAAUCAGAACACUGGAAGAUCUAAAAUGACAUAAGGAGAUGAUCACCAUAUCGCACAUUUUCCCAAUAGAAUCUCCAUAUUGCCAGUUUUCGGGGAAAUCCGAAUCUCCUGUUAAUUCCCUUAUCACGAAAUUCACUGAAUAUUGUGUUCUCAAAUGUCCUAACAGCGUGACUGUACGGAACCUGUUGUUCCAAUGUGCUGUUUCACAUGCCACCAAGGAGUCUGAUGUGACGUAUAUUUGCAGGCAGCCUUUGGACACGCUACCGCUGGGCGUUCACGGAAUGCCGCGCCCUGAGGCAGAUGUUCUCAAAUCGGUCAAGUUUUUGUAUUUGAAGACUGUGGAUGAGGUGGUGGAGUUUUGUGCCAGCAUCCAUAACAAAGUUGUUGGGCCAGACCUGAUCGUUGUGGAUGACAUUGACGGAUACAUCGAACAGUUCAAGGGACCGUGUCCAGAACACCAGGCAGCAAAGCUGUGCUCACUUCUCUGUGAUGCUGUCCAUUUCAUCAACACCAAACAUGGUGGGUCCUGUUGUUUGCUUUUGUCAUGUAUGGAUUCAUCCAAUCAUUUGAGCUCUGUGUUUAAGAGCUCUGGUAUACAGAUUUUUAAUAUUAAAGAAAUAUACUCUGGUGACUAUAGGCUGAGCUUUGUGCAAGGAAGUAACUCCAUUGGUGUUGAGUUUUGUAUUCAAAAGGAUGCUGUAUAUCUCAGGGAAUUCAAUGCAACAGAGAAACUCAAACAAGGGAACUCGACAGGAAAAUAAAACAAACAUUUAACUGAGCAGGAAGAAGAUAAUUUCAAGAAGAAACCCCAAAAAGUUUGACUGAUGGAAGCUUCUUCCCAAUAUGUUUUGAUUUCUGUAUAUCUAAUCAUAUACAUGUAUUUACAAUUAUCAUUUAGAUGAUAGUAAUAAAAUAUCUGCCAUUAGA